CUUUCAACAUUAGAUCAGUGGCGACUCUGCCCUGCUAGACUGCGUGGACCAGUGCCUACUUUAACCCAUUGUCGCGAAACUGCAGUGUUCCACAUGUGUCCUUUACUGUAAGUUCAAGUUGUGUUGUAUAGAGUGCAAGUCAUCUGUGUCAUUGAGUGGGUUAAAAGUUACGUGAGUGAAACUACCGCGACUGAGUGAGACGUUUUUUUACGGACGAGCAUGACUUGUCGAACUGUGUCAGGUGUAACCCUUGGUUUGCUGCUCACAUAUUUUUUAGCAAAUUUAGACUUUACUUUGUGCUCGGGACAAAAUCAAGACACCGAAUUUACUUUUCUAUUGCCUGCUGGCACAACAGAAUGUUUUUUUCAAACUACUGUACAGAACGGGAGCUUGGAAGUAGAGUACCAGGUGAUAGCAGGAGCAGGUCUGGAUGUAGGCUUCACCCUGAUCUCCCCCAGUGGCUACCGGCUAGCCUCGGACUUCAGGAGGUCUGACGGCAUCCACACGGUGGAGCCCACAGAGGAUGGGGACUACCGCCUGUGCUUUGACAACAGCUUCAGUAAGCUGUCUGAGAAGAUGGUGUUCUUCGAGGUGAUCCUCGAGGGCCAGGCGGGGGCCGCCGACAGAGGCGACAGCUGGGUUGAGAUGGACCAAACAGAGAGCCUGGUGGAGUUCAAACUGGAAUACAUGAGGGAGACCACGGAGUCAGUGCAUCGUCACCUGGAGAAAAGCCGGCAGGUCCAGAGCAUGCUCAGGGCGUUUGAGGCUCGUGACCGCUACCUGUUGGAGGACAACCUGUGGAGGGUCUCCUUCUGGUCCUGCCUUAACCUGCUGGUCAUCCUCACCGUGGCUCUAACCCAGGUCUGCACACUCAGAAGGCUCUUUGACCACAAGAGGACGGUGCGAACAUAACGGCUCCCACGCCCAUGGUCUCUGGUAUCUCUCAUAUCCAGGACACAAGGGGGAUGGAACCAGCAUGACCCUUUUGUGGAGUAAUGGUCUCUCCUAGAGCUUGUGUAUGGGAUGUUCUGUAUCAGUUGUUGAACACGACUUUUGUAGUGAUGGGUGAAUUGACAAGCCGGAAAAGGGCCUACUUUUGUCAUGAAUAUGGUAUGUGAGAACGUUGUGACAACUCAUCCUAAAUCUAUCUGUGAAGAUGUCGUGGUACAAGAUGAAAGAUGUAAUUAAGAGUUUUAAAAUGAGUGACAAUGCAAUUAUUUAUUUACAACAUUGGUGUAGCAUAUCUUACAAAUAUAAAUGCGGGAAACAUUUUCCAUAAGGCUGUUUAAUCAUUGCCUUUGUUAAGAGAAAUCACUUCUGUCACGGAUGUUGUUUUCACACAUUUAUUUGAAUUAUUGUGUGAACCCUGCUGUGACAUUCAAUGGAAUGUGGAACCAGAAUAUAAAGCAAAUAAUGUCCUUAAGAUGUAAUUUCCUUCUGUACAGCAUGCAAACCACAGUCACAGUCAUUAACAUAAUAGAAAUGUUACUAGAAACUCGACACAAUAAUUAAGGAAAUGGAUCAAAGGCCUGCUAAUAUUCAUACCAGCAAUCUCCCUGAUUAAUGACUUUACCUUCCAUGUCAUGAAACUUAAUAAUGGUUCAUGUUAAUGUCACAGAAGGCAGAUGGUAUAAGGCAAACUAGUACCAUUUUUAGUGUUAUGGGUCCAUUAUCCAGUCUAAUAACAUUAAGCCUCAGUACAAUUGCACUUAAUAGUUAUAAAUUGUGUAGGCUAAUACCCAACCAUACCUAAGGCCCUCUGUUAAAAUAGGUUAAAAUUUCAUCUUGAGUUCUUUACAUAUUUGCGAUUUACAGGUUUGUUUCCAUAGUUACUAGCUCCUAGGCCAACCAUGUAAUUUAACGUAACAUAAAAAGGUGAGCUAAUCGCACUAUUAACACUAAAUACCCCAAACGGUUUAUCAGUUACCUCUGUACAAACAACAUUUAACAGUUGCACAUAGGCUAACGUGGAUUGUAGAAGCACUUGGCCCAAAUUUGAGUUUCCAUCAAGUAUGUACAAAAAUCCAAA